CGAUAUUUUAUUUUGUAAGGGCUGAUUCCUAAAAUGUACGUUUUGCAUUGAUUCUCCGAUAUAUUGGAACAAAUCCAGGAUUUAAAAUCAGUUCUAGGGAUCGGCGAGAUUCUACUGACGAUAUUAGUUUGUUGCGAAAUGUAAACAGAACUAUUGUUCCUGGUCGUGUUUCGACGGUCUUCUUAGAGGGCUGGACCGAAGACGGACCGCUCGUACAAACAGUCCGACUUGGGAAACAUUCCUAAUGCUAAAGGAUUAAGGGGCUACGUUGUAAAUCUUCCUUAUCGGAUGCUUUUGACGUUUUAGCCUUGCUGAAUAUUUCCACAUUAUCACGGUUUAAAUAAUGGCAUCUCGGUCGCCAUCGUCCUCGCCCGAUUCGGCUACGGGUUCAGGUACUGAUCCGGCUCGGCCUGACACAGGAGAGCCCCUCGGCGGGGCUGGUUCAGAUUCCGACGACUCGUCUCUGGAUCUUGCGAGAUUUGACUGUGGUGCAGCCGAUGUAGGCGACCGACUGGAAGGAGAAGAGCUGGAAGAGGAAUUCCAGGCAGCUGCGGACCGCGUAGGACAGCUGGUUCAGACGGCCAGUAGAGACCAGCUGCUCUACCUGUAUGCCCGCUACAAACAGGUCAAAGUAGGAAAGUGCAAUACAUCGAAGCCAGGCUUUUUUGACUUUGAAGGACAGAGGAAAUGGCAAGCGUGGAAGCAACUGGGAGACUUGGAGUCAGAACAGGCAAUGCAGGAGUACAUCUCCUGUGUCAAUACUCUGGACCCUGAAGGAACCCUGAAGGGCGCAGAGAAGAGAACGGGCUUCGGCGGUCCGGCAGUCAGCUCUUUGUACCAGGAAGAAACUAUCAGGGAAGAGGAUAAGAACAUCUUCGACUACUGCAGGGAGAACAACAUGGAACACAUCGGCGCGGCCAUCAGCUCGCAGAAGGUGGACGUCAACGCAAAGGACGAGGAGGGUCGGGCAUUGCUGCACUGGGCCUCUGACCGAGGACAUAAGGAGCUGGUUUCUCUACUACUGCAGCACAAAGCGGAUAUCAACAGUCAGGAUGAUGAAGGCCAGACAGCAUUACAUUACGGGAAGAGGAUAAGAACAUCUUCGACUACUGCAGGGAGAACAACAUGGAACACAUCGGCGCGGCCAUCAGCUCGCAGAAGGUGGACGUCAACGCAAAGGACGAGGAGGGUCGGGCAUUGCUGCACUGGGCCUCUGACCGAGGACAUAAGGAGCUGGUUUCUCUACUACUGCAGCACAAAGCGGAUAUCAACAGUCAGGAUGAUGAAGGCCAGACAGCAUUACAUUACGCGUCGGCCUGCGAGUUCCAGGAGAUCGCGGAGCUGCUGCUGAAGGCGGGCGCCGACCCGUCCAUCAGGGACCUGGAGGGCUCGCUGCCCGAGGACGCCACGGAGUCCGCCGCCGUCUCCUCCCUCAUA